CAUUUCCAGUGGUAUAUAAGAGUCGGUGUCUGAGGAAUAUUCAUUCAUAGAAACAACAGUCAUGAACGCAAAGGUCAUCAUCUUGCUUGGUCUGGCAGCCAUCGUUGCUGCAGACAGCCGAGAAACUUACGCUUAUAGACCACCUCACGAUUCCUCUGAAGAGUCAUUCGAGUCAUACGAGUCAGGAGAAGCCAAGUACGACUUCAGUUAUGCCGUUCAGCACGAAGAUUCCGGCAACGACUUCGGCCACGAGGAAGCCCGUGACGGCGACCACACUCAGGGAUCCUACUACGUGAGGCUUCCCGACACCCGUCUGCAGAGCGUCAAGUACUUCGUGGACGGCGACUCAGGUUACGUGGCUGAGGUGAACUACGAGGGCGAGGCUCGUUUCCCCGACUCGUAUGAGUCUGCUUCCUUCGAGUCUGCUUCCUUCGAGUCCCGGGAGUACAGGCCACCAAGGCCAGUCUACACCUACGGCUCCAACGAGUCCAAGUAAACAUCCUUUUGGAAUCUUGACCACUGACAGCCGGCAUGGAUUUUCAAUUGUAAAUUAUAUUAUUAUUUAUUUAUUAAGAAUAUCAAUUAAAGAGCACCAGAGAAA